ACCCCCGCCCGAAGCUCCUGCUGAAGUGGGUCAGUGCGGGCCUCCAGGUCUUCAGAUGUGCUUCUCCAGCUUCCUCUUGGCCUCCACUGGGCCCUGUGGGGAGGAAGUGGGGCAUCAGGGGAGACCCUCCAGGUGCAGCCAGAGUGACGGGCUGCAGCCUUGCCUUCCCGCUGCCCCUUCCUCUCUCCGUCCAGGUUGGGCUCCCUGUCUUCCUUGGGCGACUCGGCUCUGGAACGGCGCUCGCCCAGCCACCAUCGCCAGACCUCCGACUCAGGCGAGAGCACAGGGCUUGUCCAGCGCUGCGUCAUCAUCCAGAAGGACGAGCAGGGCUUCGGCUUCACCGUCAGCGGGGACCGUGUUGUGCUGGUGCAGUCCGUCCGGCCAGGCGGAGCCGCCAUGAAGGCCGGGGUGCAGGAAGGCGAUCGGAUCGUCAAGGUGAACGGGACCGUGGUCACCAACACCUCCCACCUGGAAGUGGUCAAGCUCAUCCGAUCUGGUGCUUACGUGGCUCUCACCCUGCUGGGCUCCCCGCCUUCGUCUCUGGGCCUCCUGGGACUGCAGCCCGACCGGCCACAGGCAGGCCCCCCACCGACCACCUGCACGUGCCCCCCGCCACCGCCACCACUGCCGCCGUCUCCCCACCGGGUCACCGCUGGGCCAAAGCCACCCCAGGACCCGGAAGUCCGGAAACAUGCGGCGCAGAUCCUCAGGAAAAUGCUGCGGCAGGAAGAGGCCGACUUGCAGCGGUGCUACGAGAUCUACAGCCAGAAUCCGGCUGCUUUGCUUGAGGAGCAGAUCGAGGGGGCUCGGCGGAGGGUCAGCCAGUUGCAGCUGAAGAUUUGGCAGGAGAUGGGAGAGCUGGGGGACGCCCCCCGGCUGCCCAGCGAUUCCGGCUCCUUCAGCUCCCGGGUGAUGGAGGGGGGCCUCUCCGUCGACUCCCAGGAUGGCGACAGCGGCCUGGACUCGGGCACGGAGCGCUUCCCUUCCGUGAGCGAAGUCUCCCUCAACCGGAACUCCGUCCUUUCCGACCCUGGCCUAGACAGCCCACACACCUCACCCGUUGCCGCCUCGCGGCUCUUCAUGCACCAUCGCCGCCAAGGCUCCGACACCCCCUUCUCGCCCUCCACAGAGCAGAGUUUGGAUCAGAUGCUGCGAACGUCCAUCAUCGGCCCGGAAGAGGAUUACGAACCAGGAUACCUGGACAAGGAGAACGACUCUCUAUUCCAAGAUUUGGGGAAGCUGAAGACGCGGCCGGCUCACCUGGGGGUCUUCCUGCGCUACAUCUUCUCUCAAGCGGAUCCGAGUCCCCUGCUUCUCUAUUUGUGCGUGGAUGUUUACCAGCAGCUGAGCCCCAAGGAAGCCCGGGCGCUGGGCAAAGACAUUUGGCACAUUUUCUUGGACAAAACUGCCCCCCUGAGGGUCAAGGUCUCCGAUCAGCUGUUGGCGGAAAUUGACGCUCGUCUGCGGAACGGAGAGGACGCCCAAAGUGCUUUCUUGGAGGUUCAGGAGGCCGUCAUGCCUGAGAUCCAGGAGCAGAUCCAAGAUUACAGGACGAAGCGGACGAUGGGUCUGGGGAGCCUCUAUGGGGAGAAUGACCUGCUGGAGCUGGACGGGGGGCUCCAGAAGGAACGCCAGGUGGCCGAGAAGCAGCUGGCGCAGCUGGGGGACAUCCUAUCCAAAUACGAAGAUCGGAGCUCCCCCAUGAGCUUUGCCCUGAAGACCUACAUGAUCCACAUGGGGAUCUGCCCCCAGGAGGCUCGCCCGGCCAGCGUGGUGGAGAAGUCCCAGGAGAAAGACAAAUGGCUGCCUUUCUUCCCCAAGACCAAAAAGAGCAGCAGCGGCAAGAAGGACAAGGAGGCCGCGGUGGAGGACAAGAAGCGGAACCCCAUCCUCAAGUACAUCGCCAAGCCCAAGAGCUCCUCCCAGAGCACAUUUCAUGUCCCCCUGUCCCCCGUUGAAGUGAAGGCCGGCAACGUGCGGACCAUCAUCCAGCAUUUUGAGAACAGCCAGAGCCACGACGGCCAGGAGUCCGGCCAGCAGCGCCUUUCCACGGGCAGCUUCCCCGAAGACCUCCUGGACUCUGAAAAUUCCAGGGCCGAGGUCCGGCUGGGCCGGUCGGAGAGCCUGAAGGGGCAGGAGGAGCUGAGGCGGCUGCGCAAGGCCGAGAACGUCCCCCGUUCCCGCAGCGAUGUCGACAUGGAUGCUGCUGCGGAAGCGGCUCGGCUCCACCAGUCAGCGUCGUCCUCUGCCUCCAGCCUCUCCACCCGGUCCCUGGAAAACCCCACCCCGCCCUACACUCCCAAGAUGGGGCGCAGGAGUGUGGAGUCACCCAGCCUGGGCUCCAGCUCUGAGGCCUUCCUGCCCCACUUGCUGGAGGACGAGCUCGGACAGUUCUCGGACCUGGAGGCAGAGCCGGACUCCCAAAACUGGCAGCAGACGGUGGGCCGGGAGGCCUCCACCCAGCUGCCUCCGCGGGAGAUCGACCGCCAGGAGGUCAUCAAUGAGCUCUUUGUGACCGAGGCUUCCCACCUGCGGACGCUGCGCGUGCUGGACCUGGUUUUCUACCAGCGCUUGAGGAGGGAGGGGCAGCUGUCCCGGGAGGAGCUGGCUCUGCUCUUCCCCAACCUUCCGGAGCUGAUUGAGAUCCACAAUUCCCUGUCGGAAUCCAUGAAGAAGCUGCGGGAAGAGGGGCCGGUGGUGAAGGAGGUCGGAGACCUGAUGCUUUCACGGUUCGAUGGGGCUGCGCUUGAGGAAUUCCAGCAAGUGGCUGCCGAGUUCUGCGCCUACCAGUCCAUGGCACUGGAACUGAUCAGAACCAAGAAGCGGAAGGAGACCCGCUUCCAGCUCUUCAUGCAGGACGCCGAGAGCCACCCGCAGUGCCGCCGGCUGCAGCUGAAGGACCUCAUCAUCUCCGAGAUGCAGCGCCUGACCAAGUACCCGCUGCUGCUGGACAGCCUCAUCAAGCACUCCUCAGGACAGGCUGCGGAGCACCAGAAGCUCUGCCGGGCCCGGGACCAGUGCCGGGAGGCCCUCCGCUACGUGAACGAGGCGGUCAAGCAGGCGGAGAACCAGCAACGCCUGGAGUCCUACCAGAAGCGCCUGGACGCCUCCUCGCUGGAGCGGACCAGCAACCCCAUCGCCGCGGAGUUCAAAAACCUGGACCUGCGAGGCCGCCGGAUGAUCCAUGAAGGGCCCCUCACCUGGCGCAUCAGCAAGGACAAGACCGUGGACCUGCAGGUGCUGCUCCUGGGGGACCUGCUGGUGCUGCUCCAGCGGCAGGACGAGAGGCUGGUGCUGAAGUGCCACGGCCGGGCAGGGCUGGGCUCCUCGGACCCCAAGCAGAGCUUCAGCCCCGUCCUCCGCCUCGGCUCCGUCCUCAUCCGCUCCGUGGCCACCGACAAGCGCGCCCUCUUCAUCAUCUGCACCUCUGAACUGGGGCCCCAGAUCUACGAGCUGGUCGCCUCGACCUCCCUGGAGAAGAACACGUGGAUGGAGCUCCUAGAAGAGGCGGUCAAGAGGGCCACGCAGAAGGCCACACGGCCCCCCCAGCAGCAGGCCCAGGAGCUGCGUCCCCACCGGCCGGCCCCAAGCAGUUUCAUCUUCCAGGACGCUGAGAUCGGCCCCCGGCUGGGCCAAGGGAGCAGCCCCCCCGGCCGUGAAGCAGAGGAAGAGCAGGAGGAGGAGGAGGAGGAGGAGGAAGGGGCGUCAGAUGACACUCCGACCGAAGCAGAGCGGCUGGAAGUUGGGCACCCAGAGGAGGAGGAGGAAGAAGAGGAGGAGGAAGGCCACCCGCCCCCGGCACCUCCCUUGCCCCCUCUGGAAGAAACCCCCCCUGAGAGGCCCCCCUGCUUGGGGAGCAUGGCUGAAUCCGCCCUGGGGGAUGUGGAGACCCUGCGGAGGUUCCUCCUGCACAGCUUCCUGCCCGGCUGGGACUCGGAGCCAGAAGAUGACCUGACCCCCACCCCUUCGGGGGUCAGCCACAACCAGCACCGGGGCGUGGCCCCCUCGGAGGGCCCCAGCGCCUCUGCUCUCCCUGGCCCCCCGGAGCUGGACACGCAGGGGGCCAUGACUGGCUCCCCAUCCUGGGGCCCCCCGUGCAAUCCGGGGCCUGGCGGGGGUCUGGAGCAGGUGGGCCCCCCUGUGGCCCAGGAGACUCCCAGCGGGUACCUGGUGGUGCGGAAAGGAAACACUUUCUACUUAAGCCUGCUGGCCCACCCUGGGGAGCCCCAAGCAGCUGCCGAGAGCGUCGGGGAGACUGGGGGUGCUUUGAGCCGGGCGCCACCUUUGCCUCCGGCGGCGCCGUUGCCCAGCUGCCAGGAGAGCACCAGGGAGACCCCGGCAGGGUGGCUCAGCCCGGCAGAGUUCCAGGGCACACAGGACACGGAGGCCAUCUUCCGGACAAUAGAGCAACUCACCCUCAAGUUGACCAAACUCAAGGACGUGGAAGGGGCAUACCAGCAGCUGCUGCUCCAGGGGCACUUCACCCCCGGAUCCUCACCUGGGCAGGGAAGCGCAUCAUUGCCAGAACCCAGCCGGAUGUCACCCAGCACCCACCGGGGGUCCAGAGUCAGCCACCCCUCCCCACAGUCCCCAGUGGCUGCCAAGCCUGAUGUGAACGGGCUCUCGCUUGCCCUGCCCGAAGACAGCUCCCAGGAAGUGACCCUGUAGGGUGGGACGGCCUCCGCCAAGGAAGGAAGGAAAACGCACCUCCAGUGAUGCCUCCUUCGCCCUCCCACUCCUCCUGGCCUGUGCUGGAGGUAGGAGGAGGCCGUGGAUGGGACCAGGAGCUGCCAGGGUGAAAAAUGGCCAAACCAAGGAGGAAGUGGAGAAGAGCGGGAGGAAGCCUCCUCGUGGGGAAGGACAGGCGCCGGCUUUGUGUGGAAACAUCCCGAGGCUUCCCCAACGGGAGCGAGGGAGGAAAAGCACUUUCAGCUUGGUUUUGUCCCCUAGAUGAAUUGAUGGUGUGCGUGAGAGAUGUGUAGACCAACGCACAGCCUGCACAGGACAGUGGGAGUAUAUUGUGUAUAAUUGCACUUUUGUUUUCCUUAACGUCUUCUCUCCCCCCCACCUUCUCAUCGGGUAUAAAUAUGUAUGUAUGUGCAUUGAGGUUGUGUAAAUACCAUAGAUGGUUGUUCCCCACCCACCCCUUUUUUUCUUCUUUUCUUUUUAACUUGUCUCCAUUCCUUCUUCCGAGGCUCCGGUGAAGGGCCUGGCCCUUCUGGGGCUGGGAAGGCUGCUUGCGGAAGCAGAGGCGACCCCUGGCUCUUCCCAGGCUGCUGCCAACCGGUUCACACGGGCCCCCCCCCCCCCCCCCCCCCAGAGUUUGUGCCACGGGCGCACCAGAGUUACACACUGAAAGCAGGUUUUAUUGCUUUCAGCACUAAAAGAUUUUUCAACAGAAAAAUAAAAUAUUCU